UGGUUCAUUUAUACGAUUAGAGAGGUCCCAAAUCAAAAGCACAUGUGGCGGUCAGGUCCUGCUCCUCUCGUGGGGCUUCUUCUGGCGGCGCUGGUGAUCGGCAGAGUCGACAGCCUGAUCUGCACGCGCCGCCCGGCCAAUACGGCCUCGCCCAAAUCCCCGGUGGAUGAGAACUUCGUGAUAAGCGUGUCGGGCAAUCCGGAAACGUACAUUCUCGGCCAGGAAUACAACGUCUCUCUAAAUGCAUUCAAUGGACACCGCUACAUUAGCUUCAUCAUUGCCCUGGAGAAUGAAAAUGGGGACUUUAGCUACCAGGACGACUUGGGUCGCUUUGAGCUGAGCGAUCUUAUAGAGACCCGUUACAGUCCCAACUGCAUCAACAUGGUGGAGAACACCAAUACCAAUUCGAAGACUCACAUACACUUGACCUGGGUGGCACCCAGUGAGCCAGGCAGUGGCUGCAUCCUGAUCCGGGCCACGGUGCAGCAACAUCGCGAAGUGUGGCACAUGGACGAUGGAGGAUUAACGCGACGCAUCUGCGAGGAGGUCACCGAUGAUGUGGAGAGCCAGCCAACGAGUCCUGCGGUGGAUGUACCCUGCUGCGCCUGCGACGAGGCGCGUUAUGAACUUACAUUUGAAGGGGUCUGGUCCAGAAAUCUGCAUCCGAGAUACUUUCCUGCACGGAAUUGGGAGACACGUUUCUGUGAACUUGUAGGAUCUUCGCACAGUUCCGACUAUCGGUUCUGGGAGUCCGGAGCACUGGCCAGCUUGGCAAUGAAGCAAUACGCUGAGCACUGCAGUUCUCGUCUUCUGGAACGGGAGUUUAGCAUUAAUUUUCGGGAUCAGAAAAUACGCACCAUUAUCAAGGCACGAGGACCAUCGUAUCCCAACAUGAGCACCAAGUCCAUGGCCUCGGUGCGAGUGGAUCCCACUCAUCACAUGGUGUCCUUCGCCUCCAAGAUUGAACCCUCUCCGGAUUGGAUAGUGGGCGUUACUGGUCUGGAGCUGUGCCUGCGCAAUUGUACAUGGUUGGAGGAGAAGGUUAUCAAUCUGUAUCCCUGGGAUGUGGGCACAGAUGCGGGUCCUAGCUAUACGUCAGCAGAUCAGCCACAGGUCCCGCCAGAUGUUAUUAGACGAAUGCGUUCCGACUUUCCCAAUGACCCGCGUUCACCUUUCUACGAUGACUCCGGAGCUCCCAUGAAACCAAUGGCCAUUCUCACGGUGAAGCGCCUUCGCAUCUAUGAGAGAAGAUGUGCGGAUGAGGAUUCUAACAAUGAUCCAGAUGUUCCACGCGAGUGCCUCACCCAUCCUUGGUCCAGCUGGAGCGACUGCUCCUCCAAAUGUGGCGAUGGUAUGCAGUACCGGAGACGUGUCUACAAGCAGCCGGAGUUGGCCAAGGUCUAUGAUUGCAAUGUGCCACAGUAUGAGGAACGGGAGUGCCAGGGCGAAAUAUGUGGUCAAAAUAGUCCAAUGCGAAUCCCAGAAGAGUUUGAGGAUCUGGAGCCGGCAAUCGGGGGCUUUAAUGCAGGCCAACAGCGGCCGGCAGAGUGCCGGCUGAGUUUGUGGGGCAGCUGGAGCCCCUGCAGCGUCACCUGUGGCGAAGGUUACGAGAUGCGCCAGCGGCAGUACCUAAAUCCCCAAGUGGAACAACAGUGCCAGAGUGUCCAUCGCAUGGAGUUGCAGGAAACACGCAAAUGUUCCGGAACAGCAUGCCUUGGUAACAUACCCGGAUCCUACAAUGGCGACAGGGAUACUCCUUAUGGAGAGUCUUCUCCUGAUCGCACUGGAGGUAACAUGUAUAGACCACAACCCGAACCGGACAGAGAUCCUUUUGGACUAUACGAUGAGCCAAGAAAUGGAGAUAUUGAUGGCUUUGAGGUGGGUAACCUUAAAGGCAACACCGGAAACUGGGCAACAAACAGGCAGCCAGAGCGUCAGGUGAAUUCAGGAAGAGAUCUUCCGCCCUACAGGCAGUCGGAUAACGAAGGAACCUACAAUCCACCAGCAAGGACAGAGCGACCCACUUGGCCAGGGCAACCACGACCCGGUGAUCCGCGCUUGGAGGAUGUGGAACGAUCUCCCUGGCAGCGACAGAGGCCCGCCAACAAGUAUGGCUCGAACUUAGAUGAUCCUGAAGAUUAUUCACCAAGGCAACCAUGGCAAAAGACAAACAAUUAUGGCAACCAGGAUAUGGUUGGAGGAGAAGUGGACUCCUCGCUAUCCAAUCGCUGCUUCCAGAUGUUGCGAACGAUGCAGCCACGUUGCCGGGAUCAAACGAUUACCGGCCAGUUCUGGUUCUACAAUUUCUGUGCCGAUGAGUGCAUGCUGUAUGCCGCGGAUCCGUGCGACCAGAAUGUGAACAAGUUCAGUCGAUGGGAGGAUUGUGAGAAGUGCCGCCAGCCGGAAAUGGCUGCACUGCAGCAGCAGCAUACCAGUUCGCCCGAGUGCGUGAAUCUUCGGGAGAUUUGGCAAGAGGAGAAGCGGGAAAGGGAAAUGAAACGUGGCUCGAGUCGGAGACGCAAUUAUGGCGGUUACAGGCAACGCACUAGAAAUUAGUCUUACUUUUAAUAAUUAGCCAUUACUUAAAUAUAUUUUAAAUAUGAAAGGAAGGCUUAAAACCUUUAUAAUCUCAAUCAUUGCUGUUUGCAGGCUAGAAAUAAAGCUUCAAAUUUAAUCCCAAUAAAUACAUAAACAUGUA